GAUUCAGUUCCGAUAGUUCCUUUCAAAGAAUUGUUUCUUUGAACAAGUUCGAUCGAUCUAAAACGAUACAACUUCGGAACAAAUUAUGUUCAGUUCCCAUCAGAGUUUGAAAAGAAAGACCCCAUGUCCUGGAAUUAAUCGCGAAGAGUUCAUAGAACACCUAGUGGAAGAGUACUACACUACAACGAAUGUUGCUCAAGAACAAGUUACUGCUAAUCUUGCAAACUUUGCGUAUGAUCCCAUUAAUUGGGAAUAUUUGAAAAAGAAGGAAGCGGUUCAACUGUUCCUAGAGUUGUUGCGAAGCAACAAUGACAGACUGAAAUUGCAUGGCAUCGCUGGAUUGUGCAACAUAAGUUUGGACCACGAAAUAUCGUUGCACCUAAGCAAUUCCGUUAAUUUUAAAAUUAUUCAAGAAUUGCUUUUGAAUUCGCAGAAUACUGAAAUUCUCCUGAACUGCUGUACAAUCAUAUAUCAGCUCCUAAAUAAUCAACAAGGAGAAAGAGGAGACAUACUCUACAGAGACACAGUAAAACGUAUCCAACACAUCAAUUCCCAAUACAAGAACAACAAAAGACUGGCCAAUAUUUCGGAAUUACUGCUAUUAGAUUUUUGUAGACGCUAUGAAUUUACUGAGGAGCCAGCUAAAUAGUAGCUUUUUUAAGAUAUGCUUGAGUACUACACCCGCCGCCCAACAAAAGCCUAUCAAACUGGUAAAAAUAUUUUCUCAACAAGAUCUCGACAAUUUUUCACGUUUGACCGGCGACCCAAAUCCUAUUCACAGUAACAGCAUUCCAGAGGAAAGUCGUAUGGUACAUGGCGCCUUUUUAAAUGCGAUCAUAGCCGGUCUCAUUGGAACUCACUUUCCACCAGAAACAAUUGUUUUGGAGCAGAGCUUUAAAUUCCCCAAACCUUGCCGCAUAAAUGUUGAAUGUGAAUUUCUCAUUCGAACACAAAACGAACGCAAAAUUUCCACUGUUACUUAUGAAUGUAAACAAGGCGAUAACGUUGUAUUUGAGGGACUUGCUAAGCUACUUAUUUCCAACAAUAAAUUAGGAAAAUAAAA